AUGGACGACCUCAUCGAAGGAGUUCUCGUCACGCUCAAGGCCCUUUUUCUCAUUCUCGUCUCCACGAUCCGCAACCUUUUCCCAACUGGUAUUCUGCCGCGGAAGAAUGUCAGAGGUCUGUUUACCAGUUCUGUUCUUCUCGAAUGCAAGUUUUCAGGACAAGUGGUUCUGGUCACUGGGUCCGGCAGUGGUCUCGGUCGGCUGAUGGCCUACGAGUUCGGAAGGCUGGGAGCCCGAAUCGUUUUGUGGGAUAUCAAUGAGACGGGAAAUCAAGAGACAUUGAAAGAGCUGGAAUCUCGAGGAGUCGAGGUGAGUGGGCUAGAUGUCUCACAUUUAUUGAACAUUUCACUAAAACUUCACACAAAAUUAGGAUUCUAUUGA